GCCCGCCCGGUGGUGGCUCGGGCGGCUCUUUCCAGCUGGAGCACUCUGGCUGCUGAGCCGCUGCUGCGGCUGCUCCGGAAAAUGUCCGAGCGAGGCGGCUUCUACAAGCAGGAAUUGAACAAGACGGUGUGGGAGGUUCCCCAGCGCUACCAGAACCUGACCCCGGUGGGCUCCGGAGCCUACGGCUCUGUGUGUUCAACUUAUGAUACCAAAACAAGACAGAAGGUGGCAGUAAAAAAGCUUUCAAGACCUUUUCAGUCACUUAUUCAUGCAAGAAGAACCUAUCGAGAGCUUAGGUUGCUUAAGCACAUGAAACAUGAAAAUGUUAUAGGAUUACUAGAUGUUUUUACACCAGCAACUUCAAUAGAAAAUUUUAAUGAAGUGUAUCUUGUGACAAAUUUAAUGGGUGCUGACUUGAAUAACAUUGUAAAGUGCCAGAAGCUAACAGAUGACCAUAUACAGUUUCUCAUCUACCAGUUACUUAGAGGUCUUAAGUAUAUUCACUCAGCUGGAAUCAUCCACCGGGACUUGAAACCCAGUAACCUAGCUGUAAAUGAAGACUGUGAAUUAAGGAUUUUAGACUUUGGUUUAGCCCGACAAACUGAUGAUGAAAUGACUGGAUAUGUAGCAACAAGAUGGUACAGAGCCCCAGAAAUUAUGUUAAACUGGAUGCACUAUAAUCAAACAGUUGACAUUUGGUCAGUGGGAUGCAUCAUGGCAGAGCUAUUGAAAGGCAAGGCUCUUUUUCCAGGAAAUGACUAUAUUGACCAACUAAAGAGAAUAAUGGAAGUUGUGGGAACACCCAGUUCUGAACUUCUCAAGAAAAUAUCAUCGGAACAUGCUAGAAAAUACAUUGAAUCUCUACCACAUAUGCCUCAACAGGAUUUGAAAGCAGUAUUUCGUGGUGCCAACCCUUUAGCUGUAGAUCUUCUUGAGAAGAUGCUUAUAUUAGACAGUGAUAAAAGAAUAACUGCCUCAGAAGCACUCGCACAUGCUUACUUUGUUCAGUAUCAUGAUCCUGAUGAUGAGCCUGAGGCCGAACUAUAUGAUGAGUCGAUAGAAAAUAAAGAACGAACCAUAGAUGAAUGGAAAGAGAUUACGUAUGAAGAAAUGAUUAGCUUUAAACCACCUGAUUUAAAAAUGGAUAGCCUGGAAAUAGAACAGUAAAUACAACCAGCUGUGUUUUGCCAUGCUGCACUAUCAAGACUGUUGAAAACAUAGCAUUACAAUUUAACCUAUAUUCCCAAGAGUAGAUUUCACUAUCCAAAGAUGUUGGAGAAGGAAUGGAAGAGCAGGUAAAUGAUACUGAAGUCAGAUGUUUUUUGCCUUGUACUAUGAAUGUAAUCACAGAACAUAAAAGGCGAUAAAGAACUGCUUCAUUCUGACAAAAUGAUGCACUGAGUUCUGUUUUGCUGGAUUUUUCUGCAUGUUUCAUUUUAUCGGUUGUAAUGCCAAAAAUGAAGGUAACUUUUUUAUUAUUUUGAAUAUACUUUUUUUGAAAUUGUACAUUUAAAGCAUGAAUGUGUGCAAACAUGAAAGUAGACGUCCAUACACGCAACCAGUUGUUUCCUGGCAUUACCCUAAUUUUAUCUGUUUUUUGUUUUUUAUUUAUAGCUAGUGCCUUUAAGAAAAAGAGGGCAUGGUAGUGAGUUAGACAUAAUAUGCAAAUGUAGUCAUAUCUGUGGUGGUCUUAUAAACAUAUUGGAUGUCUCUUGAGUGGUUUAACACCAGUUGGAAAUCAAUGAAUAAAUCUUUGUCAUGUUGCCAUUUAAAGUGUCUGUUCUCAUUAUUUUCCGUAUAGUCUUUAAAACUGCAGAGGAUAAGUUUUUGAGAGCAGUGUUUCUGUGUGAUGCUACUAUAGACUGUGUCAUCAGCGAAGAGUUAGUGAAUUUGCACAGAUUACAAGAAUUCAUGCCACAGACGCUUUGUGGAAUUUCUCUAGUUUUCCAGAAAUCUCACCAAAGAUACCACAGAUUGUAAUGUAGGGAUAAUGUGUUCAUUCAUUGAACUCAACAUCUCCCUACUCUCUUCUUUUCCUUCAGUCAAUCCAUGAGAGGCCAACGUAAUAAUUGAGAUGAAAAAACAAAGCAGGGAUAAGACUUAAGAAGAGUUUGGACAUUUGUGAAUAGCAAAAUAUCACCAUCUCAUUGGAAUUGCAUUUUAUGCAGUAUUUUAAAAGGCCCAAUGUCUCUGAAGAGUUAGACAAACUAAAUUUAAAGCUAAUUCAUAGCAGGAUAUAGCCGAUGCCAAGAUGUCUUAAAGAAUUAACCCUAUAAUCUCAUUUAUCCCCUGGAAGUGUAACCAUGAUAAAGGAACAUUAUUAUUAACAUCUUUUGGUCUGAGAUCCUCUGGUUAAUAUAUGGCCAUGUUUGUCUCAUUCCUUUGUGAUUCACAAUUGCAAAUACCAGUAGAUGCUGUCCAUUUUUUGUGUAAUUUGUCAUGCCAUGUCUCAUUCUGUCAGUGUCUCAUUUCGGGGGGUUGCUUGUUUUCAUAUUAAUGUUGUUACUUUGUUUUGCUGUGAUGACUUUGUCAUUAGUUUGGCUUGUACAGCUAUUCUAUCAGCUGAUGAAUUUGAAUACAUUUGUUUACUUUCUCUGUAUUUUUGCUGUUUGAUCUUUUUUCUUAAUA